GAAAAUACUGCUUGUAUUUAUUUCCUGCUUGAUGUUUCCUUUCGGAGCAAUGGCAAAAGUGAAAGCCACCUUGGUUUGUGCAGGGCUUUUUCUAUGUUCAACGGUGCUUGCAAUUGUCGAAGAACUCGAUGACACAUUUAAAGACACCAGAGUAGAUGAUGUCUGGCUGGUGGACUUUUAUGCACCGUGGUGUGGCUACUGUAAAAAACUGGAGCCCGUGUGGUAUGACGUCGGCGCCGAGUUGAAAAGCUCUGGAUCGCCUGUGCGAGUGGGCAAGAUGGACGGCACUGCAUAUUCUGGCAUGUCCUCAGAAUUUGGAGUACGAGGAUACCCCACAAUUAAAUUGCUAAAGGGUGAUCUUGCCUAUAAUUACAAGGGGCCAAGGACAAAGGAUGACAUCAUAGAAUUCGCCAACAGGGUAGCAGGGCCAGCAGUCCGAGCACUUCCAAGCAAACAGAUGUUUGACCAUAUGAUGAAGAGACAUGACGUGCUCUUUGUAUACUUCGGCGGGGAGUCUCCUCUCAAGGAGAAGUAUAUCGACAUGGCUGCGGAGCUGAUUGUGUAUACAUACUUCUUCUCUGCGUCUGAAGACGUCUUACCAGAGUCAGUGACUUUGCCAGAGCUUCCAUCGGUCGUAGUCUUCAAGGACGGGGCCUACUUUACCUAUGAUGGUAAGUAUCUGUCUUAA